AUGCCCUGGGAGAAUCAGCCUGGUCAGCAUCUUAGCGAAUCGUGGAAAUUAGAGCUUCCCAGCGAAGUACGCGGCCAAGUAACCUCUGCUUGUCACGACUUUAUGCAUAGGAUGCUAUUGCGUCAUCCAAAAGACAGACUUAGUUUAUCAGCAGCAAUGCGGCACUCUAUAUUUGCCUGCAUUCCUUGGACAACAUUGAUUCGGCAUCGUGGGCCUGACCUCAACCGGUUCGCAGCUCGGGAUGAGAAUACUCAAUCUUCCUCACCUCAUCUAAUUUCUAAUGAUGGCAGUUCAGCUGGUUCUGCGGCCGGAAAUCGAGCUCUUGAGUCAUCUGUUCCACUGCGUUCAGUCAAACAAUUGGGUUAUCCGACAGCCUGGACCGAAAAAAUGGUUAUGCGAGCUUCAGGACUUGCUGGUAAAGCAAUUGCUUGCAAUCUUACCUCAGGUGGCUGUCGGCCUAUAAACACAAAUAGCCAGCCUGGUGACCCUGGCUUCUUGCGUGAGUUCUAUGCUGAACGGUUAACAAAUUGGCCAUCCUUGCCUGAACAGGCAAUUAAUCUUCACCCUGCAACUAGCGAAUUACGGCGCUCUGGCCUUGUCAGUCUAUUGCAAACACGAUUUCGCUCAAGCCCUACAUCUGCGUCCUCUUAUUCGGCUAUAUCUACAAACAGUAAAAAUCGUCUUUCUGGACAAAAUGGGCCCGUGGGAUCUAAUUCUGUUCUGAUCCCAACUGCAGAAAAACCCGCUCCAGCCAUCUUAGAGGAUAGACAGACGGGAAUCAACCGGAAUCAACACCAUCUUUUUAUCUCACUGGCGAGUGGAAAACAAGCAGAAUCUGGCAAGAAGAAACCAAUAAUAAUCAGUAGAGCCACGGGAGUCCCGGGUUCAUCUGGCCGAGCAACCCAUUAUCUGAUGCCGAAGCAUUUAGUUAUAAAAAACUCAAGAGACGGUCAUAAAUUUUCAAAGGCCAAAGUACAAUUAAAAGACCUGCAAUUCGGCACAAGCAGAUAA